UGAAGGCCCCCCUGGACAAGCUGGGCCCAAGGGCAGUGUGGGACUUUCAGGGUUUCCAGGAGACAAAGGCUCUCAGGGUCUUCCCGGGAAUCCAGGAUUGACCGGUCAUCCAGGGAUACCUGGAGUCCCAGGAGACAAGGGUCCAAUGGGACCACCCGGGAGUCCAGGAUGCAAUGGCACAAAGGGUGAUAGGGGUUUUCUAGGAAAUACAGGACGACCUGGACAACCCGGCCGUUUGGGACUACCAGGGGAAGACGGUCAGAAGGGAGAAGCAAUUCACUUUCCUCCUCCUUUAAUUCUGGUCGGACAGAAAGGUCAAGAUGGUCCGAUGGGUGCUCAAGGUCUGCCAGGACCGAUGGGACCAGUGGGACCACAAGGACCAGUAGGAAAUUGGGGAUCUUCAGGACUGAGAGGCAGGCCUGGCCAAGCAGGAGAAAAGGUUAUUUUGGACAGAAGUAACAUUUGUAAAUACGGUCUUCUGGUCGUUGUGUGUAUGUGUACUGCCUCACUAUGA